UGUUCUCUGCACCAGACUAGUUGUUACCCUGGGAAGGACAGUGAUUUCCAUUUCAGUAGGAAUGCAAGACCUUGUUGUUUUUGGAUUAAUUUUCAGCCUUUCAAAAGUUUGCUGUGUGGUUCCUUACACAAACAGCAGUGCCGGCAAGACAGCUGAGAAUGGAAGCAAUGUCUUUGCGAUGGAGCAAGGGAAAAAGACUGGGCUCAAAGAGAUGAUGAUUGGGAAUUCAUCUUCUAACAACUGUCUUGUUGCUAAUAGAUCUCUUCGACAGGCAAAUUACGCUGUGGGAGGAAUGAAUAAAUUCAGCCAUAAACAAAAGCUUCUUUCAUACAGCAGGGUUGGAAGCAGGAAGUCAAACUUUGAAACAGCCAGGGGAAAAAACUGGUGUGCUUAUGUUCAUACAAGACUCUCUCCUACUGUGACGAUAGAAAACGUGCAGAGCCAUGUAUUGAUAACAUCAAAGUCAUGUAUUUUGAAAAUGAAGAGCUGCCUACCCAGGUAUCAGAUCCGGAAUCAACCUGUGUACAGGAUGAAGCACAAAAUUGUGACAUCAUUGAACUGGAAAUGCUGUCCGGGAUAUAUUGGAGCUGACUGCCAACCGAAAGAUUAUUUGAAGAGACAAGCAGAGGAAAACCAAGCUGAGAGUCAGAGAACUGGAGCUGAUCUCCCCAAGAAUCCUCAAUCCCGUUAUGGUCCAGCAUUAGCAACAAAAUUCAAUGACAAGCUGUAUAAUCAGGAAAUUAAACUGGGUCUUCUGCAAAAGAAGGUUGUAAACAUUUCUGCCAAUGUGAAUGAUGUGAGGAGUCUGCUGUAUUCCCUGGAGGGCAAGAUAAAUGAAGAUAACGAGAAAGAUCUUCAGUCAACUUCAAAAGGGACCAGAUCAAGAGGGAUUCAGGAACUGGUGAAAGAGCUGGUAACGCAACAGGUUCGAUCAUUUCAGGGGAAUAUGCAGGAGAUGGUAACUCAGAUGUACAAAACUAUCUCCGGUAUAAGUAAGGAACUUCAAAGUACUAAAGACAUGGUCAGGCAGUUAAAUGAGAGCAUUCUGUCACUGUCUGGGAAUGUCCACUCCACAACAGUGCAGCAAAAUCUGACAUCCUCCUCAGAACUCCAUGAAAUUCGGGAGCAAAUAAAAGUGCUCAGAGCUGAUGUGUCACAAGCUUGCCACAACGCAUCACAGGAGCUAACCAAAAAGCACGAAUCUCUUCUAAUGCAAUUGGAAGAGGAAUAUGAGAGCACCGAUACCCUCUCAGAAAAAAUAAACCAAACCUUUUCAUUAGCAACGGAAACCCAGGAGCUGCAUCAAUCCAGCCAGAUGCUCCAAAAUGUCCCUGAGCAAGAAGGUGCCCAGAGAAAUGAAAUGCUACAAAGAUAUUUGUUAAGUAUCAUGAAGAAUGUGAAAAAGAACAGCCGCUUUAUACUUCAAUUGAACAGUGACGUGAAUGCCCAUGAACUGCAGCUCUUAAACUUAACGUCAGCAAGUGGCAAGAAAGAAAUGGAAAUCAGAACUUGCCAAGGAAUGGUUGAAGAGUGCCAAAGUACCCUGGGCUCCAGGUUGCACCAAGCAGAGAAUGAAGUACACAACUUAAACAAAACAUUCUUUGAUAUUUUUUCCCGAUUAGUGGACCUUCUUGAGCCAAUGGAUGAGAAGAUUAGCAAUCUAUCAUAUGAUGUUGAAAUCCUCCAACAAUUGAUUGAAAACCAAGGGCCACCCCUUGAGACCAUCAGACCUAACUCUAGGCAUGUGCAAAGACAGGAUCUCACUGAACGUUUGGACAAACUCAGUUCCGAAGUGGCGAGCCUCAGUAUGUUUGUCAAAAGCAGAGUGGGAGCACAGUUGAUCAAAACCCAGAGCCAAACUGGCAAAGAAUCAUUAAGGGGAGUUCUGGCUGAAUGCCGCCUUGAAAUUGAGGAUGGUUUAAAUAAUACAAUGACUGUCGUUAAUGAUGCCAUGGAUUCAAUGAGAAAUGAUUACUAUACCUUGAAAAAUAAUGUCACUGACCUGUGGAGGUAUAUUUUAGAGCUGGUUGAUGAGAGCACCGUAAAGCAGAAUAAUGAGUUAACCUUGUUUCCACAAUUUGAUCAGUUGAAUGAGUCCUUUAACGUUCUUCUGGCUGAUGUUACAAAACACCAGAAUGCAUUGGAAAUGAUAGGUGCUCUUCAGGCUACAGAAGAGCCGGGGAGAAUUACACCUCCAGUCUUAACAAAUAUAUCUCAGUUGUUAAAUAAAACAGCAAUCAGCAUUGAAGAUUUCCAACAAAGGAUUCACCGUCUCGAGGAAGCCAUUCUUUCUUCCUCUCCAGACACCAGAGAUUACCAAUCUCGCAUUCUGGCCCUUGAAUCUCAGCUGAAGUCUGUGCUGGUGAACUCCAAAUUGUUAAGAAAGACCAAGCCCAAAGAAGCUAAGAUCCAGCCUGCGCCUCCAAAGUAUCAAGAGCUGAGCCGCAAAGUGUUGGGGCUGCAGGCCAAGUGGACUAAUCUGAACAGUACGGUCUACCGUAUGAAGGAGGAAUCAGACCAAACCCGGGGACUGUGCCAGAAUAUGUCGCUGCUGCUCACACAAGCAACCAACAGCAUCCCUCAAGUUACCAUGCCAGCAGCAAAGCCAAACAUCUCAGCUCUUCAGCAGGAGCUCAGAGAGUUUGUACAAACCACCAGUUGGACCACCGCUGAGCUUUUCUUCACCAAUAUCACUGUGUUCCUGGACAGGGCCAUUUAUGACCUUGUCAGGAACAUUACAAGGAUCCAGAAACAAGUUAAACAAUUGUACAACAGGCCAAAAGCUGUCAGGAAAAACAACUUCACAGUCAGUUCUGGAAGAAACCAAAGAUAUACCGACAAGGUCUCUGAUCCAGUGGAGUCUAUAAGCUGCAACAGUGCCCCAUGCCAGAAUGGUGGGACGUGUAUUAAUCAAAGAAAAGGCUUUGUCUGUGCCUGUCGCCCUCCGUUUGGUGGUCCCAGCUGUGACAUUAAACUACUGGAUGAAAAUGCCUUGAAGACAGAUUUCUCAAAAGGAUCGUACAGAUACGCUCCGAUGGUGGCAUUCUUCGUAGCACACACCUAUGCAAUGAAUACUUCUGGUCCAAUCAGAUUUAAUCAUCUCUACGUCAAUUAUGGUGCUUCCUAUGCACCUGCAAGUGGGAAGUUUUUAAUUCCUUUCCUUGGCGUGUAUGUCUUUAAAUACGCCAUCGAGUCCUUCAGCUCACACUUAUCUGGUUACCUGGUGGUCGAUGGAGUGGAUAAACUGGCCUUCCAGUAUGAUGGUAAUGGAGUUUCCGGCAGCAGGACUGUCACCGGUGAUGCAGUACUGGAACUUAAUUAUGGGCAACGUGUUUGGUUGAGAUUGACAUCGGGCUCGAUUCCAGAAAAAUUUCCACCUGUGACGACAUUUGGUGGCUAUCUAUUGUAUUGCACAUAGGACAAAAUAAUGACAUACAUAUAUAUUUGUGGUCAGCCAUGAAGUAAGCACCAGGGUUAUGUUAUGCAUUUUUACUGCAGAAUUACUCAGCUGAUAUACUUACAUACCCGUCCUUUCAGAAUGGAAAUGAAAUUUAUUGUGAACUUUAGAUGCUCAUGUUUAGCUUUGUGUUCUCCUGAAUUUAAAUUGAUAUGAGUCAGAAACUAUUGUUGAAGUAUUACAACAGUGUCUCCAAACUUUAGAAACACAUGAUAAUACUUGUAUUUCCUGUUGUGUGUGAUUGCACACUUCAAUUGACAGAUUGGAAAUAAUAUAGUACUUACUUAAACCAGAAUAACAGAGUUUUAUUCAACACGGCAGGAAUCUAGGUUGAAUUUGCCUCCAUAAAUUCAAUUUGAUUAAAGUCAUUAUCUGCUUUAAGUACUCUUAAAUGCAUCUAAUUUUAAGUAUGACUAUAUUAAUUAUAUUUAAAGUGCAAUUAUAGGUUUUAUCUGUUCAUGUUUAAAUAUAAUGAAGGAAAAUGAAUGAAUUAGCAAACAAAAACAUAAUGUUUCACAUAUUUAUAAAUACUUGAGAUGAACAAUUGAGAGAUCUUCAUCUGUCCCACUACCUGUAUGUUUGGGAUCAUUGGUAAGAGCCAGUAGUUGGUUGUUUUCAUUGCUUCAGUAAUUCAUUUGUCCAUUAGACAAACAAAAGUUAAGAGGGAGCAAGAUAAUUCUUUACUAUGAAGAGAACCAAAGAAUAUGGCAUUUGUAGUGGGAGUUGCGGAAGGAUCUGCUGUGAUAGAGCACGCAUAAGUGGCUAAAUGGCCCAUACCUGUUUCUCUUCGUUAUGUUCUUGUGAAUUCAUUACUGAAGUCUCAAGGGGCCUUGAAAUUUUGAUUAAUUAAUUGAAUUACAUCAAAGCUAGAGCAAACCCAAAUAUGCACUAUGAAUAAAUUAUUGUUAGUGGUUGUAAACCAUACUUAUGGCCAACUUCAGAACCACUCUUCUGCAAAAUAUUGGCAAUAUUUCAGCAUGUAAUCAUUCCAUGGAAAGCAUUCAUAGUUGUUAUGAUUUUAUAGAUUUAUGUUCUAGAUACAAUUGAAUGGAUGUGGUAGGCUAUCAAGGAGUGGUUUGAAGUCGUCCAUGUAAGUAUAUAUGUAAGAUAUAGUAUCACAGAAGUAAUUGAGGUUUUAGGUGAUAUUCUGAAAGAAAAGGUAUGAAUUUGGUUGUGGAAGGGUCAAUUGAGUCAGAUAAUUCAUGUAAGUUAUAUCCAUAAUGUAUUUUCUGAUUUGACAGAUGACACACCAAAACCACCCACUGAUUGGGUGAUAGGAAGCAAUAUAAUCCGAGUUUAACCUAGUUAAGAGAAGUGUACUGUAGAACUGCUGGAGACAUUUUGUGUAGAUCGGGUGCUGGCAAGAAGUGGGGUGUAAGCCCCACUUUAUACCCUGUCCAAAUUAUUUCUUAAUUGUUUUCAAGAGGAAUUUAUAUCAGUUUGGGCUUAAAUUGGAUAGGCCAUCAAAAGAAGACAUUCAAUUUCAGGAAUUGGUUUGGAGUUGAGGAGUGGCAGAGGUAAGGGCUACUUUACUUUAAGUUAUUGGGUGGGGUAAAAUAGGCUUUAAUGUGCCUUGGUAGUGUUGCUGCAGUUUGUGAACAUGAAUCUCAGCUGACAAGUGCCUCAUCACCAAGACCAGUCCAUUCUAUGUCAAUGAGAAAACAGUAAACAUAGAGGAUUGAUGAAUGGUAACAUGAUGUAUGCUAGUAAUACUGAAAUCUGAUGAAUAUUCUAAUGCUGUAAGUUCAAUUAUUACAACUACUGGUAGGCAGUUUAAAUUUAAUUAUUUAAAUAAUCUGGAAAAAGAAAAUCAUGAAGCCACUAGACUAUCUUAAAAAUGUAUCUAGUUUAUCUGUGAUGCUUGUAUCCACCAUGUUUAACCAAUAUGUGACUCCAGAGCCAAAGUAACCUAUUGAGACUAAAACAGUUUAUCAGGCCAUUCAGUUCAGGGACAAUUGGAGAUGGGCAAUAAAUGGUAACCUUCCAGGAGGAAAAUCCAGAACAUAUUCCUUUAGUGGGAUCAAUGGUUUAGAAAAUUAGCAGUUAUUAAAGAAAUGAUGCAUAGAAAAAUCAUUAAAAAGUUUUAAUCCUGAACAAGGCCAGCUGGUCCAUCAUUUCCAUACUGGUCAAAGAAAGUUAUCCUGUCAUAUGUCAUCUUAUUCUAUGGCAUUGCAGGUCAUGCCUCUUCAAGUACAAAUCCAAGUACUUUUUAUGCAUCUUUAAUCAUUAGCACCUUUUAAUGAAAGGAAAUCCAGAUUACCAAUUUAGGUGGGAAAAAAAUUCCUUAAUCCUUCUGAUAAUUACACCAAUUUUUUGUCUUUCUGAUGUUUCCACACUGCCUCCCCCAACCCCUGCCCCCACACUCCAUGUCCUCUCUCAUCAAGGAGUGAAAUAUCAAUCACAUACCCAGGGAAUUACCAUGCAAGACUUCAAAAGUCACAUAGCUGGGUUUCCUCCCCCACCAAAAGUAAGCAAACCUGCUCUUUACAGUCCUGAUGAAGGGUCUUGGCCCGAAACGUAAACCGUUUACUCUUUUCUAUGGAUGCUGCCUGGCCUGCUGAGUUCCUCCAGCACUUUGUGUGUGUUGCUUGGAUUUCCAGCAUCUGCAGAUUUUCUUGUUUGUGAUUGAAGCUGCUCUUUCUGAUAGUCCUCCCUCUUUUUGUUGACUGACAGACAUAAUCUUUCAUAAUUCCUCACAACCUACGCAUUUCGUUCAAAUUCAAACAACAGGCUCUGGUUCACUGAUUUACCCCUGGGUCAACAAUUCAGGAUAUCUGGUAAAAUCAACACAUACAAACAACUGAUUUGACCACAACAUCUGCAGUGUACUUUGUGUUUGCAGGAAAUCUGGUAUGGGUAAGAUAUGCAUUAGCAACAUUAUUUGAAGCAAAUCACAUUCAGUGGAAUUAAUUUGAGAAUUAUAUGUGCUUGGGCUAAUGUGUGUUCUUUACACACCCACUCAACAAAAUACGACCAUAAGCUAAGACCCAGGAGCAGAAUUUGUCUGUUCAGCCCAUUGAAUCUGCUCUGCCAUUCCAUCAUGCUUGAUAUAUUAUCUCUCUCAACCCCAUUCUCCUGCCAUCACCCAUGACGUUGGAAAGCCUGACUAAUCAAGGACUUAUCAACCUCUGCCUUAAAAAUACCCAAUGACUUUGCCUAUACUGCUGAAUGUGGUAAUAAGUUGCACAGAUUUGCCACCCUCUGGCUAAAGAAGUAUUUUCUCAUCUCUGCUCUAAAUGGAUGUUCCUCAGUUCUGAGGCUAUGUUGUCUGGUCCUAGGCUCCCCCACUGUAGUCACUUUUCUUAUGAUCACAAGACCUUUUUGGACAUUAUUAAUGUGGAAUUUUGCAAGUCCAAUUGACUGAUUUAUUGGAGGAUGGCAGAGGUGAAUGGCAGGUGAGCUGCAUCGACUUGGUCGUAGUGAGCACCUGGCCUCGAGCCGCGGUAUCAGGAGAGGGCGUUGGAGCCAGGGCGCUCUGCUAGGGGUGGGGUGGUGCAGUGUCCAAGCUGGAGUCUGCGCUGCCUCCAGUGUUCGCUCAGCAGAAGACAACUUGUAUUGUUUGACUGCUGACUGCUGCAACAUUCAUGAAAUCAGGGGCUUGGAAUAUAUUUUUUAUGUGUGACUGUUUUACUGAUAUCUUAUAUGUGCUGUGUGUGACUGUGGGUACUGUGUUUUGCACCUUGGUCCCAGAGUAACACUAUUUUGUUUGGCUGUAUUCAUGGGUAUUCAUAUAUGGCUGAAUGACAAUUAAAUAUGAACUUGAACUCGAACUAUAGGAGACAUCCUCUCCACAUUCACUCUAGGCCUUUCAAUAGUUGAAAGGUUUCAAUGAGAUCCCUUUCAUUCUUCUAAACUCCAGUGAGUACAGGCACAGAGCCAUCAAGAUCUCCUUAUAUGUUAACCAUUUCAUUCCUGGGAUCAUUCUCACGAACUUUUUCUUAGAUAAGGGCCUAAAACUGCUCACAGUACUCCCAAGUGUAGUCUGACCAAUGCCUUAUAAAGCCUCAGCAAUAUAUCCUUGAUUUCGUAUUCUAGUCCUCUCAAAAUGAUUGCUAACAUUGAAUUUGCUUUCCUUACCUCUGUCUCAACCUGCAAGUUAACUUUUCAGGAAUCCUACACGAGUACUUCUAAAUCUCUUUGCACCUCUGAUUUUUUAAUUUUCUCCUCAUUUAAAAAAUAGCCCAUACCAUUAUUCCUUCUGCCAAAGUGCAUGAUCGUGCACUUGCCAACUCUUUACUCCAUCUGCCACUUUGCCCAUUCCCCCAAUCGAAAUCCUUCUGCAGAUACCUUGGUUUUUGUAGUUUCAAAUUUGACACUUUUGCAACCAUCUCAUUCAAAAUUCAAUGCUCCUCCUUAAAGUGCAUCAAAAAAGUAAUCUUCUUUUCUUCUGCUCUUUCAAUUGGUCUUUACCUGCUUGCUGUUAUCAUUCAAAUCUCAAGAACCAAGUUCUACUUCAAAACGCAUGAGUACUCUACCUUUCACUGAAGAUUUUAUGGAUCUAAAGUGAUACCAUAUUACUAGUGAAAUCACCCAACUAUUAAAAUCAAGCAGCUCCUGUAAGCAUUUUUUUCAGUCUGAAUUUGAAAGAAAAUAAGAUAUCCCAACUUUUCACAACAUUUUAACUUCCUAAGUUUCACCAUUUCUUUACAAGACAUUUCCUCAUGUAUAUAUAGCCUUGAGAGGAUUUAACUUAGAUGACUGAAAUUAUGAAUUAUUGCACAAUUUUGCAACAAGAAUGCCCCAAAGUGUUUGAUAGCCACUGAAGUAUUGUUUUUAAAACAAAAUCACUAUUGAAUACCACAGUCAUCUUAAGCACAGGAAGAUGCAACAAACAAUCCAAUUUAGCCAAUUUGGUUGAAGGAUGAAUAUUAACCAGUACAGCAAGCAGAACUCGUAUUUCUUCCUUGAUAUGCAGCUGUGAGAUCUUUUAUGUCAACCUUUGGGGACCCACAUAGUUUAGUGUCUCAUUUUAAAGGCAGGACAACAGACUUAAAAUUUCAUGAAUAGAUAUUCAUACAUAGAUAACUAUAAUAUCCCAAUUUAGCCUUUUUAAGUUGGUCUAGUUCUUUAUAAAAAUGUAACUUUGAGAAUGUUCAGUCUGUAAGAGAGAAACUAUGCAGCAUUAUUCAAUUCCUAUUUGUAAUUAUUCUCAUUUACAUUAAUGUUAGCUGCACAGCAGGAGACAGAUGAACUUGUGGGCCUAUAAAGCCGUGGGAUUCUGAAUAUUUUAUUUAAUGUUAUUAGUUAUAAAUUUUACAUGCUAAGUUCAGCCACACAAAUGUUGCUUUUAUGCAAUUACCCAUGAUAUUAUGUCACUUUGAUACAAGCUCUGAGACUUCAAUAAUGUUGCAAAGUGUGUGAGCUAUUAUGGUUAAUAAUCGCUAAUGUUACUAAGAGUGCCAUCAUUUUUUUUUAACAUUUAUGUGAUAUUUUAUAACAGGAUUGCAUUAAGGUAAUUAUAACAAAAUGAAUAAGAAUCAGGCGCCUUGCAUCAUUUCAUGCUGCCAUGCACAUCGGUUAGGGUUGAUUUAAGGGCUGGGAAGCAUCUGAUUUCAGGCAGUGACAAUGAGGUCAAGAGUUUCAAUAAAGAAAGAUAAGGUUACACAGACUCUACUAUUGUUUCUGGCUAACAGCCAAUUACUGUAUGGCUGUAGGUUACUCCUGCGUUACUUCAGAUUGAGGUGACAUGCGAUGCAGAGUUUGCAGGCUUUUCACAUCAGCGGUAACUUGCAACUCCACUUCUGUUCCCUAUAUGGCUUCCGUGCACUUUGGAUGGGAGAACGUUGUCCUAAUAGCUUUCAUAAAGCAGUUGAUUAGGUUCAAUAAAAGGGGCUAGUCAGAAAAUAGGGAGUGUGUGGAUUUGGAGGGGAAGACAUUGAGGUUUGAGCUAAUAAUUGGUUGGGAUUUAGGGAUCUUGGUAAGUCAAAGUCAAGUUUAUUUGUCACAUGCAAAAAUACAUAUGCACACAGGUGCAAUGAGUAAAAUACCUGCAGCAGCAUCAUAGGCACAUAGCAUCAUAUAAGCAGCCAGUAAAACAGAAAUUAUACACUAUUUUCCCAAGAAAGAACUGAAUCAGAACAAAAACAAAACAUUGGGUUUAGAAACACACACAAAAUGCUGGAGGAACUCGGCUGGCCAGACAGUAUCUACGGAAAAGCGUAUAGGCGAUGUUUCAGACCGAGACUCUUCAGCAGGACUGGAGAAAAGAGAAUGAGCAGUCAGGUGUGGGGAGCGGAGGGAGAAACACAAGGUGUUAGGUGAAACUGGAAGGGGGAGGGGUGAAGUAAAGAGCUGGGAGGUUGAUUGGUGAAAGAUACAGGGCUGGAGAAGGGGGAGUCAGAUCAGAGGGAACGGAAGGCCAUGGAAGAAAGACAAGGGGGGAGGAGCACCAGAGGGAGGCAAUGGGCAGGCAAGGGGAUAGGGUGAGAGAGGGAAAAGGGGAUGGGGAAUGGUGGGGUGGGAGGAGGCAUUACUGGAAGUUCAAGAAAUCAAUGUUCGUGCCUUCAGGUAUAUCCUAUUUAUCUGUGAGACCCAACGUAGGCUGGGAGACUGUUUCGUUGAACACCUAUGCUCCGUCCACCAGAAGAAGCAGGAUCUCCCAGUGGCCACACAUUUAAAUUCCACUUCCCAUUCCCAUUCUGCUAUGUCUGUGUAAAGGGGGUUUCUUCUUUUUUCUUUGUUACUGUAUAUGUAAUCAAAAGGGCUUCUUUUGUUUUGUUAACUAGCAGGAAUGCUUCUUUGUUGCGAGAGAGUGCUGGGAGAAUUGUAUUCCUUUGUAAACCAAAUGGGGAUUAAUGUUCUUUCUUCUGAGUCUGUAAGCUUUUGUUGACGGGCUUUUGGGCAGAUCGGCGCGAGGGGGUUGAGAGAGAGGACGCAAUGCUGUAAACUGGGCGAGGAACGGACCCCAAGCGGGUGUCCGAGGCCCGGAGGUACUCCGAGGAGGGGGGAUGAAGCUAGGAGUGCUUGGUUGACCACUUCGGAGGGUCCUGAGCUGCGAGUUGAGGAGUUCGGAGGGGGUCGAAUGGUGGCCAGAAGACUUCAGUAAUUGAGCUCCAAUGGUUGUGCACGAAGUGGUUUGGACUUUGAUAAGUUUGGCGCCUUUUCUUUAUUUUUUCUCUUCAUAUAUACUGUAUUGUUAUUAAUCACUUAGUUAUAGUAACCUUUAUAAAUUGUACUCAUUUAAUCGCUUAUGGUGUACUGUCUG